GAGAGUAGCAGUAGCCACGCCCUCUGAGGUCACAUGAUUGAGUGUUGCCGUCAGAGCUGCUGUGCCUGUACGGGGAUGUAUGAGAGUAGCGCUGCUCAGUGCCAGUGUCAGUGCUAGUGCUAGUCCUGCUUCCUCCAGCAUCUAUUCGCCCAGGAAUGAGAAGCGAUGUCCGGCUUAUCCAACGAGGAGAAAAACUGCCGCAGGUUCCUGGAGCUUUUCCUUGGAGAGUUCAGGGGACCCUUCGGGGAGGAGGACCCCAUCCCGUUUCGUCCGCUGUCUGACCACAUCACUCCGGAGGAGGUGGAAGGGGAAUGCCUGGACCUGUGCCUGCAGCAACUCUGCAAAUAUAAUUGCCCAUCUUUCCUGGCUGCGGGUUUGGCAAGGGCAACAGCCGAUGAGAUACUGCAGAGUGACCUGUCAGCAUACCAUGUACCAAAACAUGUGGAUGGCACAGAGGGAAUCUUACAGCUAGAGACUGUGAAACUGGCCCAUGCAGUAUUUAGCAAGCUACAUGAGAUGUGUUGUAGCUGGGUGAAAGACUUUCCAUCAUGCCGCAAACCUCACUUGUAUUAUGAAACAUCCAUUCAUGCCAUCAAAAACAUGCGGAGGAAGAUGGAGGACAAGCACGUCUGCAUUCCUGACUUCAACAUCCUCUUCAACCUAGAGGACCAAGAGGAGCAAGCGUAUUUUGCUGUGUUUGAUGGACAUGGAGGAGUAGAUGCCGCCAUUUAUGCUGCUGUCCAUCUUCAUGUAAAUUUGGUACGUCAAGAAGUUUUCCCACAAGACCCAGCGGAAGCACUGUGCAGAGCAUUUCGCAUCACAGAUGAAAGCUUUGUAAAGAAAGCAGCCCGUGAGAACCUACGAUGCGGCACAACUGGUGUGGUGACUUUUAUCCGUGGCAACAUGCUGCAUGUGGCCUGGCUGGGAGACUCACAGGUUAUGCUAGUACGGAAGGGACAAGCUGUGGAACUAAUGAAACCACAUAAGCCAGACAGAGAGGAUGAGAAACAUCGCAUAGAGGCCUUGGGAGGGUGUGUGGUCUGGUUUGGAGCAUGGAGAGUUAAUGGAAGCCUGUCUGUCUCCAGAGCUAUUGGGGAUGCUGAGCACAAGCCAUAUAUCUGCGGUGAUGCAGACUCUGACUCUAUUGUCCUUGAUGGUUCUGAAGAUUAUCUCAUUCUGGCUUGUGAUGGUUUUUAUGACACAAUGAACCCAGAUGAAGCAGUGAAAGUUGUGUCGGACCAUCUGAAGGAGAACAACGGAGACAGCAGCAUGGUUGCUCAUAAGCUGGUGGCAUCAGCUCGUGAUGCUGGCUCCAGUGACAACAUCACAGUCAUUGUGGUGUUUCUCAGGGACCUCAAUGCAGCAAACAGCACAAGCCAGGAGAACAACCAAACAGAAAACUCUUUUGAUAAGGGACAGGAGGAUAAUGGAGAUGACAAAGAGAACCAAGGAGAAUGCAAAGGAUCAUGGCCACUUCAUCAGUGCUCAGCACCUGCUGACUUAGGAGGUUAUGAUGGUCAAGAGUCUUUCACAGAUAGAACUAGCCUGAACCUUGGUCCAGAAGUGCAGGUUUUAGAGAAACAAGACUAUUUAGACCCGUUGCAUGGAGGUGGCGGCAAACCAUAUAGUGCCAAAUGCUUGCCGUGCUCCCAAGUAUCCAGAGCUAGCUCACCAAAGAGAGCCAAUGGAAACAAAGAAUCUGUGAGGAAGGAGUCAGUAGAAAGCCUAUCAGCUUGUGGAGAGAGAGAGUGGGAUGAAAGUUUUUCUAGAAAUAAAGGCUUGGGAUAUGUGAAUAUCUUGAUGGCCAGAAAGGAGAGCUUAUGCUGCCCCCAGGAGUUAAAAGAUGAGUGUUUGGAAGUAGGGGUGAAGGGUUCAAUGCAUGCGUCUCCUGUACACUUCAGAAAGAGGAGAGGUGGGACUAAGACCAAGCCAAACUUUGCAAAGCUCCUUUCUUCCAAAAAGCCUUCUCAUAAAGCACGGUCAACUUUAUCAGUGCCAGUGCAGAGCAUUGGCAAGCAUAGGAUAUCCGUACAUUGCUCUGUAGCUUCUAGGAAAACUAGUCUUAGAGGCCGUUUGAUGACUAGAGCAUUGUUAAAAGAGAGCAACUGUAUAGCACUGGCAGACCUACAUAGGAUCUAUUAAAUGUAAACCGAAACAUGACUUCCCCUGUGUGUUAUAUAACUGUAGUGCUCCAGUGAAUUAGGUUAGCUAGACCCACACUUUAAUGGCAUCUUUCUCCUAUCUUAGUGUAUUGAUCUCACCCCAAACAUUGCACAGUGUGGUAUACUAUUUACACAUAGAUAGACAUUUCCACAACUCACUGUUGAUAGUGAGAGACAUAUCUGCUGCUGUG